AUAGGUAUUUUUAAUUUAAUUAAAGUUGAACAAUAUGGAGUCCUUAAUCCAGAUCAUAAACAAAUUACAAGAAGUUUUUGCUGUAAUUGGUGAACAUCAAAUUGAUUUACCUCAAAUUGUUGUCGUUGGAUCUCAGAGUUCUGGAAAGAGCUCUGUUCUAGAAAGUUUGGUCGGCAAAUCAUUUUUGCCUCGAGGUACAGGUAUUGUAACUCGUGCUCCGCUCAUUCUGCAAAUGGUAAGAUUUACCACAGAAGAUCAACAACAUAUGAUAAAAUUGUCAAAAAAACAUGAUAUUAAAUGUUGGGCAACUUUUCACCAUAAGCCUGAAAAAAUUUUUGAUGAUUUCGAUGAAGUUAGACUGGAAAUCGAAAAUCAAACUGAUAUUCUAGCUGGUACCAACAAUGGUAUCACACAUGAACCGAUCAUUUUAAAAGUGUUUUCACUUGCAUACGAUCUUACGUUUGUUGAUCUCCCUGGUAUAACCAAAGUACCAGUAGGAGAUCAACCGGAAGAUAUAGAUGAACAGAUACAAGAACUUAUAUUAAAAUAUGUUCAAAAAGAAAAUGCUAUUAUUUUAGCUGUUGUAACGGCUAAUACCGAUCCGUCUACUUCAGAAAGCUUAAAAAUAGCUAGAAAAAUGGACCCAAAUGGGUUAAGAACAAUUGCUGUCGUAACAAAACUCGAUCUUAUCGAUAAAGGUACUAUUCAGGACACUACUGAAUUUCUGUGUGGAAAUAAAAUCCCUGUGAAACUUGGAAUUAUUGGUGUAGUAAAUCGUAGUCAAAAAGAUAUUAACGAUAAAAAAUCAAUGAAAGACACAUUAAAAUCUGAAAGAGAUUUUCUAAGAUUAAAUUACCCAGAAAUUUAUAAAAACCACGGUAACAAAGUGUUAGCUAAAACAUUACAAAAUGUUUUAGUUAAACACAUAAAAAAAACGUAUCCAAUUUUACUCAAAAAUUUACAAGAUACCAAAUAUAAACUAGAAGAAGAAUUGAAAACAAUGCAAACACCAGACAGCAAAAUUUCAUUUGUAUUAACUUUAUUGAAAAAUAUAUCCAAGUCCUAUUGUGAUACAAUAUUGGGAAAUAGAAAAGAUGUUUCGGAUAAAAUAAUUAUGGGCGGUGCACGCAUUUCUGAAAUAAUAAAUGAUGAAUAUUUGGAUAAAAUAAACAAUAUUGACCCGCUACAAGACUUGUCGGAUAAACAGAUAUCUAUAAUCCUUUCAAAUACUUCUGGGAUCACUAAAAGUUCAUUUGUAAAUGAAAAAGCAUUGCAAAAUAUGAUUUUCAGACAAAUUAAAAAUCUAAUUGAACCGUCCAUGUGUAGUGUGGACUUCGUACGUGUAGAAAUGCUAAAAAUUUUUGAUUUCAUCGAUGAAAACAUUUUGGAUACACUUAAAAGAUUUCCUCGCAUAAAUUCAGAUGUUAGAAAUGUUCUCAACAAAAUGCUGGAUGAAAAACUAACUGAUUUAAAAGAAUUUAUAAAGUCUUACAUAGAGACCUAUCAGACAUGUCUUAAUACAACCAAUCCAAAUUUUUUAUUUCAAUUAGUUAAAUCAUCAGUUGAUUUGCAAGAUGAAAAUAUUGCAGCACUUAUGAGUAUCUCGAACAAUAAAAUAUGUUUUGAAGGAGAUGAAGAAAAUGAAACAGUUGAUGAAAAGUUUAAAAUAGAACAGUUUAAACAAAUGUUAUCAGGUUUAAACGAAUUGGAUACUACUAACACAGAAACAUCGAAACAAGUGAAGGUCCAUAAAUGCUUAACACAAUGUUAUUUUGAUUUUAUCAAGGAAAUAAUAAGAGAUUUUGUGCCUAAGCGAAUACAUCACAAAAUGGUGAAAUUAGUUUUGGAGGAUUUCGAACACGAAUUAAACGAAAAUGUUUUUACUUCAUAUGUUAUCAAUCAAUCAUUUGAAGAAAUAAUGGUUGAGGAGGAGGGCGCGUUAGAAGAACGUAAACGAGUUGAAGAAUUGUUAAACGCGGUCAAUUUAGGACUAAAAAAUAUGAUAGAUAUACAGUGUUUUUGAUUAAAAAAAUAAUAUCAAAAGUUAGUGUUAAUGAAUAUGCUUAGACAAAAUAUUUAAAAGUAAAAAUUAUAAGAUUAAUUAUUUAAUAUUCAAUAGCGCUUAACUCAUAUUAUGAUUUGGAAAGAAUUAAAAAUAUAAAUAUUGUACCGUU